AUGGCUCUGCUCAAGUCUCUACUCAUCAGCUGCGCUCUGUUUGCCGUCAUCGAGUGCGCCCUGCUGCCCGGCGUGCCCGUGAACACAGACUUUGAUCCGCAUCCGCAAUACGCGUACGCCUACAAUGUGCAGGAUGCCAUCACCGGGGACAGCAAGAGCCAGCAGGAGGUGCGUGAUGGAGAUGUAGUCAAGGGCUCCUACUCGGUGGUCGAUGCCGACGGUUCGCUGCGCACCGUUUUCUACACGGCGGAUCCGAUCAACGGCUUCAAUGCGGUCGUGCAGCGCGGUCCAGUUCCAGUUCCAGUUGCAGCUCCAGUUCCCGUGGUUGGCCCACGUCCAGUCGCCCCAUUCCUGGGCUAG